AUGGAGGGCCACGGUGAAGCAGAGCAAGACGGAGAGGAAACACACACCUUUCUUUACACUGAGAGUAUGACAGGCUGCUUAGAUGGUCUUAAGGAAACCAAAAUGAGGCUUGACAGAAGGAGAAAUGAGAAAGAGGAAACCCAGUCUCGGAGACAGCAGGUCAUCUGGAGGCUGGAGCGGCUGCUUGGAGACACGUGUAAGGAGAGAGAUAUAGCAGAGGAAACAGAGCCUCCUUCAGACAGCAUCUGCACCGAGGACUUUUUCAACCGCUUCAGAGAAGAGAUGCUGGUGCUCCCAGACACUAUGCAACAACUAACAGAGGAAGAAAAGGACAGCUAUCAAAAUGCCCCCAGUGCUGAGGGAGGGGGAUCAGAGGCUGCUGAAAGUGGCAGUACGGCCACAGAGACAUCUGACCAUUCUCAGUCCAUCUAUCCCGGUCAGAGGAUGCAACAGAGGAAACGUCUCUCUGACGAUAGAGGGAAUAUGUUCUUAGGUAGAGAGGAAACGGAGGCUGCAGAGAGAAGAGAAGCACAGCAGAAGCCUGCUCAUGAUCACAGUGGUAGGUACAUCCCCAUGGCCAAGAUUCUCCAUCUCACAUCCUAUCCUUCACACACUGUUUGCAUUUUUAUUCACUUUUUGUCAUUUUUGGAGGCUGACAUGUUAACUAUAAAAGAUGAUAACAACAGAUGGCAGCCAGUACCACACCUGAACGACCACAGCACUGACCAGAGUGACUCUGAGACACCUUCACAGGGGGACAGUGAGCCUCAGUCAACAAUAGUGGAAUAUAAGGAAACUGAUGAGGAAGUGAACCACUGGAGAGGGACAUCCGGGACUGUGAAGACAUCAGAGAAGAUGCAGUCAGAUGUGAUUCAGAGGAAGGAUCGACUUUUUAACCUCCGAACUAAAUGUGAGGAAGAGGAGGACACACUACAGCUGAGGAAGAUUCAGUUAAAAGAUGUAAAACGCUGCCUGUCUGAAAUCAGACAGAAAAGGAGGCAUGCUAUGCAGCAAGCGGAGCGACUGGCCGCAGAGAUCACACUCAUGGAGAAGGAGAAGAAGACUUUGGAGUCAUGUCUGACAGACAGCAGGGCUGAGAGGGAUUCAGUCCGAUGCCAGCUACAGACGUUGCAGAGGCAGAGAGAGUCUUAUCUCCUCGAGAUUAGAGAUAUCAGAGAAGAGCUCGCCAUGUUGUGUCAGCAUAAGCAGUACCUGGAGGAUGGAUCCUGUUUCAACAAGAGGCUGGAAGAGACUCGUGAAGAGCUCCACAGGUCCAGAGAGGCAGAGAGCUCACUGAGAAACGUGUGUGCUGCUCUGGAGGACGCACACAGGCAGAAAAAGGAACGUACUGAGCUGCUCGAGCUUCAAGUGAGCGAGUUGCAGCGUGACCUGAGACAGUGUAAGUUCAGGGUUGAGACUCUGGACCAAGUUAUGUCCCAGAAGGAGCUACAGCUGCUCGAUUUACGGCAGCACUGUGAGGAACUGCAAAAAGAACGAGAUGAACUGAAGGGGGAGCUGCAACACAUGAAAAACAGACUCUAUGAAGAGCUAAGGGAAGCCAAGGAGCAAGCCCAAACAACGAUGGAACAUAAAACACCAGAGGAGGAGAGGAGGAGGUGCGAGGCAGAAAUUAUGCAGAUGCCCUGUGGGACACAGGAGGGGCAGAGCAGGGGCAGUUUGGAAAGCCUGACGGGUCAGAUGAAUGAGUCACUGGCUCUACAGCAUCAAGUGGUGGAACUCAAAACCAGAGUGUCGGUGUUGGAGCGUGAAAGUGGUGCACAGCAGAGGGAGCUACCACCCAGUCUUACAGUAGCUGAUGCUCUCGCACAGCUGGGGACAGUACGGGGGCAGCUGAAGCUUUGUGUUAACCGCCUGCAGCAGGAGCUGGAUUCACAGAAACAGACCAAUGAGCAGCUGAGAAAAGACCAGGAGCAGGAACUGAACGCCCAAAGGCUGCAGCUGACAGUGGAGAGAGAUCGAGCUUUGGAUUCUCUCAGAGAGCGCCUCAUUCAGGUUGAAAGCUGGCCACUUUCCCACGAACACAUUGAGGAGUUGAGCAGUUUUAAACGGGCUCGCACCAGCGAUGGAGGAUCUGAUGGAGGAUCUGAUGGAGGGGGGGCGGUGGUGUCUCUGCACAGGCAGCUGCAGGACAAAGACCUGGAGCUCCGGCGGCUCCAGAUGGGCAUGGCUCAGUGGAAGCAGCGGACUGCAGCUCGCCUGGCGUGCACGUUUGAAGAGGAGCUGACCGCCGAACUGGAAAGGCAAGAACGACAUUCUCUAAAUCUUCCACAUGUGCAAGUCCCAGUUGAUGAGGGGCAGAGUCAAGGACUCAAGAUGCAAGGCUCGAAAGAGACCCCAAGAGUAUCUGUGCCCUCCCCUCAGGAAGCUCUCUGCUCUCUGUCCGCCCAUGCCGUGAAUUCUACGGCCCACAUCCCAUCAGACGUGGCUUCAUACAAGCUUCUGCGUUACCUCCAGAGCCGGGUGAAGCAGCUCCGUGUGGAAAUGUUGGCCCUCAUGCGCAGCCCACCUCCCCCAGAUGCAACGCCUUUAGAUUUGUCAGGAUCCCCCGUUAGAGCAGCG